GAAGCGUGCGCCCUGAUUGGUUGAUCUUCGCCGGGUUUCCCUCGUCUAGUAUCGUGAUUGGUGCGCUUGAACGCGCCUCCUCGCUGCGGGCUUCGGUUUGUAGGAGAAAGGAGGCGAUACAGAUUUCAGUCAGUGGGACCUGUCCAUUGGUACCAUGAUGGCUCUGCCGGCAUCAGCAAAGAAGUUUUAAGAUGCAAAUUUGAUGUUGAUUUCCUGAUCCUGGAGAAAAAUUGACCGUCACAAUGAGCCAGACCCCGGAAGCCAGGACUAGAGACAAUCAGACCAGACAGAUACAAGAAAGUGUUAACAAUGUGGAAAAACAUUUUGGAGAGCUGUGCCAAAUCUUUGCCGGUUAUGUCCGUAAAACUGCUAGGCUUCGAGACAAAGCUGACCUACUUGUGAGAGAAGUCAAUACAUAUGCAGACACCGAAACACCAACAUUAAAACAUGGAUUGAAAAACUUUGCUGAUGAAUUUGCCAAACUGCAGGAUUACCGUCAAGCUGAGGAGGACCUCAAAGUGACCUUGAGUGCUAGGAACCGAGAAGCAAAACAAAUGGCUCAGCUUGAAAAAACUCGCCAGAGAAAUCCAUCAGAUCGACAAAUUAUAUCACAGGCUGAAACAGAACUGCAAAGGGCAACAAUGGAUGCAGCAAGAAUUAGCCAGCAGCUCGAAGAAACAAUCGACAAUUUUGAGAAGCAAAAAAUUAAAGAUAUAAAGAAACUAUUUGCAGAGUUUGUAACUAUCGAAAUGGUGUUCCAUGGAAAAGCUCUGGAGGUGUUAACAGCUGCAUAUCAGCAUAUUCAAGACAUUGAUGAGGAAGAAGAUCUCGAGGUUUUCCGUAACUCACUCCAUCCUCCAGAUUUUCAGUCUCGGUUAGAUAUAGUUCGUGCCAACUCCAGAAGUGGCUCAACAAGCAGAGCACCCUCUGUCAUAUCACAACCUCCAGGAAACCGACAAAAAAACAGAAUGGAAGAUGAUGAGGAUGGAGAAGAUGACAAUGAUGAGAAUUCAACAGAAGAUGAGAAUUAGUAUUAAAGGAUUUAUAGUUAUGAAAUGCUCAAAACAUUAACAAGUCAUUGAUGGAAAAUGAGCUCUGCAGUCUGAUUGCCUCCUGAUUGGAUCCAGGGUUAUUUGUUAUUUGAAAAUAUUGCCGAUCUGGGAGUUUAAGGGGCAAUGUACCCCUUUUUCAACAUGAGUGCAAUGAAUAGGGCUUGUGCUAAACAUACUUCUUGUGUGUUGUAUUAAUAAGGGAAAACUAUGUUUUUUAUUUGUUUGCGCUCAACAGGUUGAAUUGUGAAAUUUAAAGUCACAUUCUACUUCCAGUUCUUAAAAGCACAAUCAAAACAAAUCAGUCUGCCAAGAAGCUCUCUGUAUAUAAAAUCAAUUCCCUGCUGUUUAGUGCAAGAAAUAACAAAAGCCAUAGAUAUUCCUUAAUUAAAACACUAAGCAAAACUUGUGUUCAGCCCUAGUAAUUGCUCUCCUGUUGAUCAAGGGGGUAUAAUGGCCCCUAUAAUAAUAUUUGUAUAUGUUUGUAAAAUGUGUUGUUGAUAUAUGAAUACAAACUAUAGCUAUUUUCACUAUAGAGCAGCAUAACUUAUAUGGCUAUACAAAUGUAUUUUAAUAAAUGCUCUUAUGUAUA